UCUUGGAAUCGGAUCUACUCCAAGUCUCCAAGUCUCCAAGCUUCGACUUUGCUUUUCGGGCAGGUUUGUUCUCGACAUCAGAUCCUAAUCUAGUUAAUUUCAUAGAAAACGUGUCGCUUACACGGAAAAUUCAGCGCCCAAAGCAAUCUAUCAAAGUGAAAUAAUCGUGUGAUGUCGGAGAGCAGAGCCUCUGAGCGUUGCUGGCUCUAUGACUACAUGACAUCGUCAAAGAACCCUUGAGCUUGCUUUUUCUUCCACGUUCAUCCUCCCAGUCUCCUUCCGCUUUGGGCGUCUGUUAGUCGCCAGGUUGCGACUAGUCCACUAGGCCAAUUAUCGACUCUCGCUUCACUCUGCUCCGUUCUUUUCGAGCGUUCCUUACGUCCUUAACGUUCUUGACGUCCUUGACCGCUGUGCGUCGACACCCUACAGUUUUAGUCCUUCUCUUUCGCAUCUUAGCGCUCUGGUUGUCGAACGUCGCCGGACGCUUCAAGUUGAUCGAUCAUGUUUGCGACCCUACUACUUCCUCAUGUCCUCGUAUCUGCCCUUCUGUUAUGUGUUCUGCCUUGCUUUUCCGCUCUCGCUUCGGCACAACAGACGUUUUUUCCUCCAGAGUGGCCUCUUGCCGUCCGAUCUCCAUAUCUCAGCAGCUGGGAGGCUGCAACGAAAGGAUCGCAACCUCCGUACAAUUGGCCAAAAACCUCUACUGAAGCAAUUCUGGGAUGGCAGGGGUUGGUGAAUAUAGAUGGCGUGUCGUAUAAUUGGUUGGGCGAUGACCUUGGAACUGGAAAUUCAACGAACCUGACAAACGUGUUGAUCACGCCUACGCGCACUGUGCUUUCCAUGACUGCUAAUACCGUGGAUUUCAACAUCACGUUCCUGAGUCCUAUCGAGGCGAGCAGUCCAAAUGAUUUCGUCCGACAAUCGAUACCGUUCUCAUACAUAUAUUUCGAGGCGACAUCACGAGAUGGCAACUCCCACAGUAUACAGGUUUAUUCUGAUAUCAGCGCGGAAUGGAGCUCGGGAAAUCGUAACGAUCAGGUCCAGUGGACCACGACCACGAACAACGCGAACAGCGUGUAUCAUUCUGUCAACCUGAUAUCGCAAACACAGUUUGAGGAGGAAUUUGGUCAGGCGGAGUGGGGCACGUUGUACUAUGGCAUCAAGCAGGGCUCUUCCAUAACGUACAGGACAUCCGACGCGAGUUCUAGAAACCUGUUCAGGUCCCAGGGAAAACUGGACGACAGCCAAGACAACAAAUUCCGUGCAAUCAACAACUCGUUCCCCGUUUUCGCUCUUUCACAAGACUUAGGAACGAUUAAAUCGACAUCAGAGCCUGUUGUUUGGAUGGUUGGGUACAGCAGAGACCCUGCUAUCAGGUACAUCGACCUCUCAAAUGUAGCUCAGGAUCGCAGCCUCUACUUUCAAUCGGCGUACUCCAGCCUCGACGAUGUCAUAUCCGCGUUUGCGACAGACUUCUCCAACGCUUGGGGGCGCGCAGAACAGCUUGACGCGCGACUGAUAUCCGCUGCGAAUGCUAUUUCGUCCGACUAUGCAGAUCUUCUGUCUAUUGCGGCAAGGCAGGUGUAUGGUGCGACGGAGCUGACGAUUGCAAAGGGCUCGGACGGGCAGUUCAACAAGUCAGACGUUAUGAUGUUCAUGAGGAACAUUGGCGGCGGUGACAUCAACCCUGUGGAAAUAUUAUACCAGGCGUUCCCCAUGUUCAUGUAUCUCGAUCCCACGCUGGGAGCUCCUUUGCUGGAACCUUUACUCCGAUUCCAAGAUUCAUCGAAGUACCAAAAUCCGUACGCCGCUCAAGACGUAGGUGCGAACUAUCCUAUAGCUCAGGGAGAUAGCGAUGGACACCCUCAGCGCGUGGAACAAACGGCAAACAUGAUCAUCAUGGCCGCCGCUCUAGCGCGCACCACUGGUGAUGGGUCGCUCAUAAACCGAUACUACCCCCUGUUCGUGAAGUGGACGGAUUUCUUGUCUAGUUCCACGCUGUUCCUUACCAGCGAAAGCUCUGCAGAUUUGGAUACUACUGCCAACCAGACAAACCUGGCCGUCAAGGGAAUCAUUGCGAUCAAGGCAAUGUCCGACCUCAGUUCUGCACUCGGACACGGCGACGAUGCAACCCGUUACGCCCAUCUAACUUCACCAGCCAGUGGCAUUCACUCGCGCUCAGUGCUGGAGGCUUGCCGUAUAUGCUCGGCUCAUAUGGUAACACCAGCUCCUUCUCGUUUGGCUAUAAUCUGUAUGCGGACAAAUGGCUCGGAACUAAUAUCGUCAACUCUUCCGUAUAUGAUGCCCAAACGAACAUCAUCAACCUCAAUUUGGGACAGACACAAUUCGGACUUCCCAUCGACAGCUCUAACACUCUGAAAGGACAAGCCGUCUCCAGUUGGAAUCUCUUUGAGGCAGCAUUCGUAACGGACACGGGAAUCAGAAAUCGGCUUAUUUCCAUGAUUCGUGCGCGCGCGUCUUUCAACGCGACGUUAGGCGCAUUCCCUGCCAUCUACGAUGCCAUCUCUGGAGCGGUCCACUCUGGCAUUGCUAGUCCUGCACAAGGAUCCAUGUUCGCCCCCUUGGCACUCAAUCUCGAAGCUAAGCUUGUGUCUAAGACCAUCCCAACUCAAACUUCUGGACCGGGACGGGUUUCAGCUGGCGCUAUUGCUGGCGGUGUCGUGGGCGGCAUCGUUCUCGUCACCGCUGUGAUCUUUGGGAUCGUUUAUUUCCUCCGUCGCAGACGAAACAAUCCACGAACUCAGCAUCGCAUCUCGCUUGAUGGAGCAUACGACAACGCGGCCCCCAUCCUUACUCCGUUCGAGAUGUCUCAGGCUAGCUACGGCGAGACCCGAGGACACAGGCCCAGGCCCUCAAAUCUAGAGAAUCUGGGAAGUCGCACGAGCUACGCCAUGGGUGAUGUCGACCAUGUCCCCUCUGUUCUAUCAGCAACAACCAUCUACAACCCAUAUUCCUCGGGUGUAGCGCCACUAGCGCCCUACACCGCCUCUGCGUCUACAUCUGGGCCGUCCGAGGGCUCGUCCACGAAUCCAGCUUCGCGUAAGCGCUCUGAGGCGCUUGGCCAGCGCACAGACUUGCCACCACCACCAAGCGCGAACUUGUACACUCGCGAAGACCCCUCUACGUCACGCGACGGGCUCAUCCCAGGAGGUCCGAGUACAGGUCAAGCGCUAGACGAAGAUACGCUGGAGCUGCGGACGCAGGUCGAGGUUCUGCGGAGAGAGAUGGAGAGUUUGCGGCAGGAGAGAGGGGAGCUGCCACCAAGGUAUGCUGAAUGAGGUCUCUCUCUGCUUGAUGUCAUGUUCUUUGGAAUUGUAUAGUAGUGUUUUGCAGGACCUUUCCUACUAUAAUUUCUUGGUUCUGAACCCUAGUGCUUUUGACGGCGGUGACAUGUAUCUAUAAGAAUUGGCGUCGAACAGUGUCUCUAUUAUUUUUGACCCUUCACAUUUCC